AUGACUACCAAUGGAAAAGAGAAAAUACCAGAUACCCCUCAACCACAAUCAAAAAAGAUUCUGCCACGCCCUCCUAUUAAUAAUAGUAAACCAAAUUGGGAGAGUUCCCUCAACGAUAGCAUUCAUGCACCGAAUGAUUGGGCAGAUGAAUCAGAACACCUCCACCCAAAUCCUAAAGGCUAUGCCAAACCCAUUAACGAUAUCAAUGACCGCGAACAACCUGAUAGAAUGGACCUUCUCAUGAAUAAACUAGACGCAGUCUCAACACAAUUAGGUAGUCUUCAUGAGGAUCUUCAAUUCACCAAUGAAAGAGUUUCUAAUAUGGAAGCCAUCCUUAAAAUAUAUUCGACCUCUCCAAAACAAGCUGCCAUUAUCAAUGCCCAACCCACGGACGAUAAUAUGGAAGAUGGAGACUACAUUAUACGACCUGGUUUUGACGUGUCUGAAUCAGUUAUUACCACACAAAACACCGACAUUAAAACCCUCCAAGAUGAAAAUUCAUACCUCAAACGCAACCUGCAAGCAAAUGUCGACAAACUGAAUGAGGCUCUUAAAGUUGUAGACAUAAUGCAACAACUAAUGAUUAAUGCAGGACAACUUCACGAAAGUCGGCGUAUUCCGGUAGCCAAAUUAGAAAAACCUAAUGAUUUUUAUGAUGAAAUAAUACCUAAUCGACCAAACACUUUACAUACCCUUAACAUCGUCACCCACAACGUUCUCUCACUUAAAGACACUGUCAAACAACAACUAUUAAUGAAUUUAUACGAACAAUACAAUGCUAAUAUCAUUGCACUUCAAGAUAUCAAAUUGACAUAUUCAACAGUCCGCGCCCUCAAACUCACCUUAGACAAAUCCUAUAUUAUCCUAACAAAUACCCAAUUAGAUCCUAACGAACAUAAUACAGGAGUCGCAUUAAUAUUUAAAAAAUAUAUAGCAGAUCACAUUUUUAACCAUGGUG